AUGAAAUCUCUGGAAUACCAUGGAACCGGCCGUUUCCGCGCCGGAUUGUUCGACCUGGGUAGCGGGGAAAACACGUUUGGUGGGAUCAAAAUUCCGUACGUUUUAAUCGAUAGUGGAUCAAACUCAUCACUUCUGCCGUUACCGAUGAAUGUUAACAAUAAAUUAGAUUUGAAUGAAUUGAUGAGAUGUUUUCCAUCAAGUGGAUUUUUGUGGACAAUUAGUACUGCAUACGGGGUGGGUUUAUUACCGAAUACAUCUUUGCACAUCAAACGAAGGGUGGAAAGCAAUGGAGCAGAUGGAAAAAUUUUGUGUCAUUUACAUGCCGAUCUCAAAAUGCUACAAUUUGAAUUACCUUAUCUCCGUUUUACGUUAGAUAAAGAAUCGAUACAAGUUUUAACGGGAUUGAACGAAACUUUAUUUUCCGAAGCGGACAAAUCGUUAUUAGAAGAUACAUUAAGAUUUCUUAACAACUUCGAAGAUCAUUUUCCGUCCAUGAUAAAUACAAAAAAACGAGAAUAUUGUUUAUUAGGUCAACACUUUCUGAAAACGGUGUGUUCGAUUCAAGUCAAUGAUACAAUGAUAUUUAUUAACAAAGAUAAGUUACGCAACAGAGUAUUUCCGUGUGCAAAUACAACGAUCGAUGAAAUUGCGAAUUAUUUGUAUUACCAACGGCCAAGUUUUUCAAAGACUGAGAAAUUUCUCCUUUGUGAGGAUGAUGAACAUGGCGGACCAGAUUUAUUAAAUGUUCCAGAAAAACAAAUAGCCAUUGAUGAAUAG